CAAGUCAGGGUGCACAGGUCGUUUGUGACUGAGUGCACGGUUGUUGGCACAACGGUUCGACGCCCGGAUCACUAAAAAAUACAUCCCGAUGGACAUCGAAAAUGUCUGUUAUUUAAGGUUUGGUCAUACUUGUGUCCACCUGGCAGGUCUGUGACACGCUACCAGAGUUAGCUCAUUGUUCCGGUGCGAGGUCGCGCUACCACCGUUGGCGUGGCGGAGGUGUGCUGCAGGGAGGGUGUUAGUUAGAUUAAGUUACCAGCAAGCUUAAGCGAGAAAAACAUCUUUUGUUGAUGUCGAUCUAUUUUUAGCCGACCGGUGAACUUUGUCUCUCUUGCAUUUUGUACAUUAUUGUUAUUUAUGACAAAGGACGAGGGUGUCAAGUCGUCAGGCUUCCCAGACAAUACUACUACCAAUGUGUCCGAGUAUAGGUGUCGGAGGGAGCUUGUUCCUGGAAAUAUCAUCCUGCACCACUCGAAAGGCGCAUAACAAGAAACAUGCAAGUAGCGGGUUACAUCUGCUGGUAGUUAUGGUAUGACGUCGACACGUCAGUCAGUUGAAGUUGAUGACGUCAUCAUGACGUCUGUGGCCCACUUAAAGUGAAUGUCCGGUGGUAGGGUCAGCGUUUGUACGAGCUGUAGACUGGGUCAUCGUUUGACGGGCUGUACACGGCGCUGCAUUUCGGAAUACCUCCCGUUCAGAUGGGUUAUCUGAGAAGGUUUAAAAUAGCCGGCAGCGGCAGACACACCCACACUUCCGCACUAACUACGUGUACGUGUGAGAGGGUUUCACCAGUUCAGCUCAGUCGACGGUCGCUGUUUGGCCCUCUUUAUCACAAUGGCGGAAUGGCUAGAUCUGACCACUGUCCUGGUCAGCGUGGUGGUAUUUUUCGGCUCAUAUGUGCUACUCCAGUCGUACCGCGGGAAGAAGGGGCAGAGACUGCCGCCAGGUCCCCCGGGCUGGCCGCUGCUCGGUCACCUGCCCAGCAUGGCCCGGGACGCCCACCUGAAGCUUACGGCUUGGCGAGAUCAGUACGGCGACGUCUAUAGCAUCAGAAUUGGCCUGAGGAAAGUAGUUGUGAUCAACGGUUACGAGACUAUUCGGGAGGCUCUGGUGAAGAAAGCCGAUCAGUUCUCCAGUAGACCCCACCUCUUCCUCACGGACUGUACCAACGGGCCUGAGGCCGUCGUGAUGGCUCAGUACGGGGAGAAGUGGCGAGCCCGCCGUAAGAUCCUGCUGUCCGCCCUGCGGAACUUCGGGCUCGGCAAGGGCAGGUUCGAGCAGGACAUCCAAGACGAGUGCCGUCAGCUGUGCCAUGCCGUGGCGGACAAACAGGGUCAGUCGUUCGACAUCCACCGGCUGCUGCACUACGCCGUGUCUAACAUCAUCUGUGCCAUCAGCUUCAACAGGCGAUUUGAGUACGAUGACCCUAAAUUUCACCGCCAGAUGCAAAUGCUGGACCGCAUCCUCCAGCUCUUCCAGUCAUGCCAGAUCAUCGACAUCUUCCCUGUGGUGCGCCACCUGCCGAUCUUGGGCAGGAACUACAAGGAGUGGAAGGACGUGGUCGGAGACGGGCAGCACCGUUUCAUCAAGGAGAUUGUCUCUGAGCACAGGACGACUUUCGACCAGCACAACCUCCGCGAUGCCGUCGACGCCUUUCUGUACGAGAUGAGCAGCGACGAGAACAGGGGUCUGUUCUCCGGGGGAAACGUCUGGAACCUCCUGAGCGACCUGUUCACUGCUGGGUCCGAGUCCGUGGCCUCCACUCUGCAAUGGGCCCUCCUCUGGGUCAUGGUUCAUGACGACGUCCAGAAGAAGGUGUAUGAGGAGAUUGACAGGGUGAUCGGACGAGAUCGCUGGCCGUCCCUCAGCGACAGGACCCACAUGCCGUACACCGAGGCCACUCUCCUGGAGACCAUGCGGAUCCGAACCCCCAUCCCGUUUGCAGUUCCACACGAGAACACCUUCCCCGCCACCCUGCAGGGGUUCGACAUUCCCGCCAACACCUACAUCCUGGUGAACCUGUGGUCCAUCCACAUGGACCCGGCCAACUGGACUCAUCCCGAGAAGUUCGACCCCGCCAGGUUCCUGGACGACCAGGGGCAACUGAAGUCAGUCAAGCCGUACCUGCCCUUCUCUACGGGCGCACGGAGCUGCCCCGGAGAGCAGCUCUCAAGGGCAGAGCUAUUUCUGUUUUUCACCUCCCUUCUGCAACGAUUCGCCUAUCGACUGCCAGAUGACGCUGCUGCACCCGACAUGAGAGGCGAGGUCGGCAUCACCCUGGCACCGCCGUCCUACACACUCUGCGCCACGGAGCGGUGAUUGACGGCCGUGGGACGAUAAUUGACACGAUAGUUACACUAGGACAAGGCCACACAGCAAGGGGUCUAUAUGGCUAAGAUUUUUUAGGUUUAGCUUUAUGACAGAAAGACAGACGUGAUAAAUUUUCUACUGAUAAAACACGAUAAUAGUUUAAGUAGCAAAAGUAGUACACCCCCAUUGCAUAGUUCAACACCUGUCAUGUGGUGCAUGUAUCUUUAUGGUAUUUGCUAGGUAGGUUGGGGUUUGGGUUUUUAUGAUUGAAUUAACUAGACAGGAUAACCUUUGAUGUCCUUCUCAAUAUCGAUGGUACACGCUUCCCCGUUUAUAGUGAUCUUUUAAUAGUUACGCAUGAAAUGUAUAUCUCAUCCUCACAUCUGUUUUGGGCCAAGUCCGAGUUGUUCCAGUAUGGCUGAGUGAAGUCACAAGGUCGGGGUAUUUCGGCAAAGUAAACAGGACGCCUGCUGUCUCCACACGACCAACGUAGUCGUGAGUGUACGUGAGGAGACUGACGAUGUACACGAACGGUGAUCCGCCAAGCAGAUGUCGGGAGGGAGGAGUGUAACGUUUUGUGUCCCGUUUUCACGUUCUUCCACGCCAGAGCCCCUCUAGUGCGGCAAUACGUAAUAGCCUUGCUAUUAGUAUUACGUAUUGCUGCGGGAGAAAGGGUUUCAAGAGAAUUUACACCUCCUGGCAGCCCAGGCUUGAGAUUUUAUGGCAAACCUGAGUCUCGUUACCACCACAGAAAUAUGAUCUACUCAUCUGAACAUAUAUAAUGUUUACAUUAGUCUACGUCAUGGUACAGACACCGCAUCCUGUCGUGCACAAGCCUUGACCUAAAUAACGCUACAGGUCUGGUCCCAACACUACAGGGCCACGGUCCACAGAACAGUCACGGUCCAGAAGUCGCCAUGAAUAGAACGUUAACGGUGCAGGGCUCCUUCAAUUUACUGUGUGUCGAACGCUCUCAAGGUCGACUUCUGAACCGAAGACUGGGACAUGAAAUAACCUGGAUAACAGGCUCUUGGUGGUAUUUUCUGGGUGCCGCGGAAAGCUAACUAGGAUAGCUCACAGAGUAUGAUGGUCAAUUUAAUAAAGCAAAGAGUCCCUCAA